GCAUUAAGUAACGUUAUUCCCUGAAUCUGACGUCUGCCCUAUCUCACACCAUGCGUUACUUUGCAUUUGCCGCAAUCUUAUAUACCCUCGUUGCAUCGAGUGUAGCGUUCGACAUUUCUCCACAGGAUGUUCUCGAAUCGAAUACCCCAGGACUACUGAGCGAAGCGGCAGUUGACCCCUGUUCGUUGGUCGAUUCGCCAAAAGUAAAUGCCAGUGUACAGUUGAGCAGCUGGGUUGAAUGUGCAGUGAAUGGGUUUUACCCAUAUCCAGCAAACACAAACUGGCCCAAGGGCCACGCGACCUCAUUCUCCAAAGACAUUAGGUUCACUUUCAAUGACACACAUUACGAUUUUGAUGGAUCAUUGAGACUCUACAAAGCUUUCAACGCGACGUUGGCUAUGGCAUUCGCACCCUUUAAGCACGGCUAUGUCAACGCGCUUGGUAUUCCCAAUAUCAACGGCGACAAAGGCGGCUUCGUCUACAUUAUCGGAUGGGCUGGCGGCUUUCAGACACGCGCGCAGCGCGAUGUAUACUUUACAAACGCGGCUUUCGCCGUGAUUAAAGAAGAGGAUGGCGAAAGGAAGAUCGUGGAGUUUAGGGAAAGUAGUAACAUUCCGAACACGGCGCCUUUACCACAGCCGGUCGAUUGGACGUGCUCUUUUGAGUAACUUGUGACGGUCAUGACAUUUAUUGAGUGGACCAACUACGAUUAUAUCGCUCGGCGCAGCACCGCAACCUUCGCGCUCCAAAGCCUAUUUAUAAAGGUAUACAUAAGUGAUGUCAAUGCUUAGCACCAGAUUUUCACAACGCAGUUCUGUUGUAGCAACAAUAUAAGCAACCAGUUAAGGUACUAUCCCUGUACCUUAUAC